CAGGCUGAGAAGGGGGACCCGCCAGCAAGGACAGAGAAGACUGAGUUCAGUCAGUGGAGGCUAGUGGAGGACGCCAUUGAAACCGGGAACUGCAAGACCGGAUUUUGUAGCGAAAGGAUAACUAUGAAAUGGGGAAAAUUCUAGGAUUCAACUAUUUCUACGUUGAAUUAAAGUUGUAGUGCCAAGGAACACACAACUUUCGUUGCCAGUUCGUAGGAGAUGACGGUCCUCAACGCGGUUCUAGAGGUGAGAAGAGAAUAGUAGUGGAGGUGGGGGAGUAUGCGCGGACAAUGGAGAAAGUUUUAGCUAGCUAGUUAGCAGAAGCUAGCUACAAACAGGGUCACGACGGUAUUAAAAGCCUUUGAAUAUCAGAAAUUAUGUAAGGAGUUAGCUAGGCCUUUAUAGGUUAUUGAAGCACCUCUAAUUGGCGUAUGUAUGUUGUCAUUUGUGACAGUGAGUGAACGGUGUCUGUGUCAAUCAUGCGAAACUCGUUUUUUGUCUGCGUUAAUCCCUCCCCCAGUACUGUCUGUAUAAACAAUUAUUCUACAAACUCCAAAAACAACUGAACGACCCUUUCUUGACAGCAAUUGUAGUUAAAGUAGUACAUCUGGAAAGUUUUGGGUUUAGUCUUGUGAAUGGGUGACCUUCUGAGCUGUUUAUCAGAGUUUUGUUGACAGUAAAUAACUUGGCUGUAGCUAUCCCAUUCAUAGACGCUAACUAUCUUUAGUGCCUGCCUAUUGCCGAUAGUAUCAAAGAGAUUUAUAACUAACCAAAGAUGGACCAUAGCCUGUCGUUUCCAAUGAUGGCAAAUGAAUCAGUGGGCAGAACAAGCAAAGAGGUGGGAAGGGCCAAGCACGAGCUAGCGAGAUCCUAUUGGUGCGUUUUACAUUUUAGUCAUUUAGCAGACGCUCUUAUCCAGAGCGACAUACAGUUAGUGAGUGCAUACAUUUUCAUACUGGCCCCCCGUGGGAAUCGAACCCACAACCCUGGCGUUGCAAGCGCCAUGCUCUACCAACUGAGCUAAAGGGGGGCCUAGCUUGUAUUUGCAUAUUUUCGUUAGGGAACGCCUACUCUGAGGUGCACAUGUGCAGUAACUUGAUUCGCCCUUGCACUCCUAACACGCAUUUUUUAUUUUUUAUUUUACUUUGGCAAAUGGUAAAGUUUACAAAACGUAAGCCACUCUGUUCAUAACAUAUUCUAUUUUUGGGACCAGACAACUGUAUUGAAAUCAAACGUGGUCCUCUGUAGCUCAGCUGGUAGAGCACUGCGCUUGUAACGCCAAGGUAGUGGGUUCGAUCCCCGCGACCACCCAUACACAAAAAUGUAUGCACGCAUGACUGUAAGUCGCUUUGGAUAAAGGCGUCUGCUAAAUGGCAUGUUAUUAUUAUAUUAUUGAUGAUCAUCUACUCAGUUGGUAGAGCAUGACGCUUGCAACGCCAGGGUUGUGUGUUCGUUUCCCACGGGGGGCCAGUAUGAAAAAUGUAUGCACUCUCUCUCUGGAUAAGAGCGUCUGCUAAAUGACUAAAAUGUAAAAUGAGCAGAAUGUCGGCCAAAAUCCAUCUCGCUGCAUUUUCUCCCACUGCCAGCCACUGGGCUUCCUCUCAUCACCAUAUUUGGUGGUGAGUGGAAUCGCCAACCGGAUGUUUCAGAUUUAUUAAUUCUUUAGAUUUAUACAUCCGGUGAAACAUCUGGCUCAUUGUUUGAUCUGUGAUAGUAUCUUCGGUGCAGGGGAGUUUUGUUCAGAGCCUCGACGCUCCGUACGGUUUUGGAAACAAAAGGAACGUACUGUAUAUCAGCGAGAAAUAAUUUUCAAAAAACAAAAGGUUAAAUUACUACUCACCUUUAAUAGGAUUAGGGUUCCCACACGGCCAUAUUUCCAUGUUACAGAAUCAACUACCUGUGUUCAUUAGCUAUCUUGUGUCUCCGAACACCUGUGUGUAAAUGGAAGACGGACGCUACAAACGUAUUGUCACUGAAAAACACUGUCCGCUGCAACUGUGUUAUAACCGGUUAAGUGUGUAAUUAGCAUUUGUGAAAUUAUUUUGAUGUGAUAUGAAAGUGGAGGGCUUUAUGUUUCUAGAACUGUACCGCAAUUGAGUCGAUUCAUGUUUAGAUGGAGUAUUUGGCUACCAGAUCCAAUUGGCCUCUAAACAGAACAUGUAAGGUCCUUGGACUAUAAGGAGUAACGUUAGGCUCCUUUAGUCCAUUAGUAGGCAGUAGCUUACUCUGUAAAUUGUAAGCCUAGCUAAUGCAACACUAACAAAAGUAAUUUAUUAAGAAUUCAGACAGAGUAAAAGCGCAAUACAGUUAGCUAUACAUCUAACUACAUCUACUACUACUGGCAUUCCCUGUAUAUAGCGAUGUUAUUUUUUUUACUCGUUAUUGUUAUUCAUUAUGUAUUUAUUCCUCGUGUCACUAUUUCUAUUUAAAAAUAUUUAUCUUUAACUCUGCAUUGUCGGAAAAGGACGCGUAAGUAAGCAUUUCACUGUUAGUCUACGUAGCAUGUGACAAAUACAACUUGAUUUGAUAACUAGGUAUUAUUUGUAGGUCGCGGAAUGAAGCAAAACAGUUUCAUCCAUUCUACAGGUUGUGGAAGUUUGUUCUUAAUUCUAGCUGCGCAAGUCUGGAUCUCUGGUCUGGACUCAGGGGAUCAAAUCCUUAUCUUGUUGUCUUUGCUGUCAGGCUGUGUUGCCAUGCCAUAUAUUAUCCCAUUAAUGUAAGAAACCAGGGCCUGAUAGCAUCACUGGGGGUGAGAUCCUAGCCAUCCAAAAAACACACACACACACACACAUCACCAUGCACACAUCCACUCACCACAUGCUGCUUCAAUAUUGAUUAUUAUUAUCAUUCAUAUUUAUCCUGCUACCAGUCACUUUUGACCCCUGUUUACAUGUACAUACCGACCUCAAUCACUCCAUUACCCCUGCAUAUUCUAAUAAUGGUAAUGACACUGACACAAGAGUUUCCCCCACGACGCCAGGACAGCGGAGUCACUGACCACCUUCCGGAGACACUUGAAACCCUACCUCUUUAAGGAAUACCUGGAAUAGUCUAACAGUAAUCCUUCUACACCCCCCUCCCCCAGUGGUGGUUGUCCCACUGGCUAUCCUAAGUUGAAUGUGGCAAUUUGUAAGUCGCUCUGGAUAAGAGCGUCUGCUAAAUGACUUAAAUGUAAAUAUAACUGCAUUCUCGCGUAAAAUAAAUAAAUAAAUAUAUAUAUAUAGUAUUAUAUUAUUAUUAUUAGUAUAUAUUAUUACUGCACUGUUGGGAAGAGCUCGCAAGUAAGCAUUUCAUUGCCUGGCUACCCAGACUCCUUUCUCUGGCCAAAUGCUACAUCAUGUCCACGGACAUUACUUUCUUCUCUGCGAUAAGUCUGGAUCUGAGUACCUGCACAACCCUUCACCGAAUGUAAACACAUUCUGGGCCAUCUGAUUGGUCCAGAAUCCGAUGGGUUGGGCCUGAGCCAGAACAGGCAUGGGUAAAGUGGCGGUUUGAAAAUGUUUCAUUGGUACUCUGAUUGGUUAGAGACAAUCCAAUCGCUGAUGACUUUGUUUUGCACAAUUGUACAAUGCCCUUCGUCACCACAAAUGACUUCAAUGAUGGCAGUCUCAGACUAAAGUAUGUAGCGAACGACAGAGCAGCGGAAGAAUUUAGUAUGAGUCAUCAGGCUAAGCAUUUCAUUGUACUGUUUUACACCUGCUGUAUCCUGUGCAUGUGACAAUAAAACUUUGAAACUUGAAGCAUCCAAACAGAAAUCAAACUAGACUACAGUAUUUUGUACUGCUGCGUUGGGCACAUUCGUGUAAUUAGAUUGACAAAUGACCUAACAUGCUUAAAUGGCAACAUACCACUCCAGUCAGUCUCUCUCUAGUUCACUAAGCUGAAAACAAUCCGGCUUCUCUUCUUCCCUAUACAUAUACAAUGUGCAUAGCAUACACACUAGCUAAACAAUGAGAGCGAGGGGGAGAGAGUGUGUUUGUGUGUGUCCUAACCUAACCAUUAGAGGAGAAAAUGCAAAACUGACCUUGGGUCGAGGCUUCAACCCUAACUCCGACUAACCUUAACUCCAAGCCUGUGGUUGUGUGCAGUCCAUUCUAACCCUAUACUGUCCCCUCCCUCUUUCCUCCCUCUAGUCCCCCGGUAUGCCCUGUCUCCUCCGGCGGCCUAGCCUCUCACCAUGAAUUUCAGCGGGAAUGUCUCCACUGCGGGGAACGCCACGGCUGCGUGGGACGCUGGCGGGGGCCCAGUGGUGCUGGAGUCAGUGUUCAUCGUCACCAUCGCCCUCCUGGCCUGCCUGGGCAACUUCCUCAUCGUGGCCACCCUGUACCGCAGGCCCUACCUCCUCACACCCAGCAACAAGUUUGUGUUCAGCCUGACCCUGUCCAACCUGCUGCUGUCAGUGCUGGUGUUGCCUUUUGUGGCGGUGAGUUCGGCACGGCGGGAGUGGGUGUUCGGCGUGGUGUGGUGCAAUUUUACCGCCCUGAUCUACCUGCUCAUCAGCUCGGCCAGCAUGCUCACCUUGGGGGCCAUCGCUAUCGACAGGUCAGUGAUAAUACCCCUACACUAGGAUGGCUGCUUGCUAGGUACAGUAUGUAUGUAGGGAAUGUUGUGCUAGAGGUCUUCACAGGUUCAAAAAGUUGGACCCGUUCCAAAAUGAACCUGGGGCAUUCCCACCCGGAGCCAUUAUGCAUAAAUACAUUGUUUAAAUAUAGUAACCUGUUCCGAAGAGACCCGAGGACAACUAGACCUGUUCCAUAUAUAUCUGAUCAGAUCCAGACCUGGCCCGAUCCGAAUCAAGUGAGGGAAGCAGCAGAUAAAGCGUGAGAGGAGGGAGAGGUGCUGCUCUAGCAGGCGUGGGAGGGGCUGUACUGUCAGCGAGUGAGACGGAAAGGAGGGAGAGACAGCAACCAUCCAACAAGCUGACUCACACUAUAGUAGACUAAUAGCUGCCAUAUCUACACUGAACAAAAAUAUAAACGCAACAUGUAAAGUGUUGGUCCCAUGUUUCAUGAGCUGAAAUAAAAGGUCCCAGAAAUUUUACAUACGCACAAAAAGCUUAUUUCUCUCAGAUUUUGUGCACUAAUAAUAUAAUAAUAAUAAUAUAUAUAAUAUAAUAUAAUAUGCCAUUUAAUAAUAAUAUGCCAUUUAGCAGACGCUUUUAUCCAAAGCGACUUACAGUCAUGUGUGCAUACAUUUUUACGUAUGGGUGGUCCCGGGGAUCGAACCCACUACCCUGGCGUUACAAGCGCCAUACUCUACCAAUUGAGCUACAGAGGACCACAAAUGUAUUGACAUCCCUGUUAGUGAACAUUUCUCAUUUGUCAAAAUAAUCCAUCCACCUGACAGGUGUGGCAUAUCAAGAAGCUGAUUAAACAGCAUGAUCAUUACACAGGUGCUCCUUGUGCUGGGGACAAUAAAAGGCCACUCUAAAAUGUGCAGUUUUGUCACACAACACAAUGCCACAGAUGUCUCAAGUUUUGAGAGCGCGUGCAAUUGGCAUGCUGACUGCAGGAAUGACCACCAGAGCUGUUGCCAGAGAAUUGAAUGUUCAUUUCUCUACCAUAAACCACCUCCGUCAUUUUAGAGAAUUUGGCAGUAUGUCCAACCGGCCUCACAACCGCAGACCACGUGUAUGGCAUCGUGUGGGCGAGCGGUUUGCUAAUGUCAACGUUGUGAACAGCGUGCCUCAUGGUGGCGGUGGAGUUAUGGUAUGGGCAGGCAUAAACUACGGACAACGAACACAAUUAUCAUUUUAUCUAUGGCAAUUUGAAUGCACAGAGAUACAGUGACGAGAUACAGAGGCCCAUUGUCGUGCCAUUCAUCUGCCGCCAUCACCCCAUGUUUCAGCAUAAUGCACUGCCCCAUGUCGUAAGGAUCUGUACACAAUUCCUGGAAACUGGAAAUGUCCCAGUUCUUGUGGCCUGCAUACUCGCCAGACAUGUCACCCAUUGAGCAAGUUUGGGAUGCUCUGGAUCGAUUUGUACGACAGCGUGUUCCAUUGCCCGCCAAUAUCCAGCAACUUCGCACAGCCAUUGAAGAGGAUUGGGACAACAUUCCACAGGCCACAAUCAACAGCCUGAUCAACUCUAUGCGAAGGAGAUGUGUCACGCUGCAUGAGGCAAAUGGUGAUCACUCCAUAUACUGACUGGUUUUCUUAUCCACGCCCCUACCUUCUUUUUAAGGGGUAUGUGACCAACAGAUGCGUAUUUGUAUUCCUAGUCAUGAAAUUGUUGCAUGUUGCGUUUAUAUUUUUGUUCAGUGUAGGUUAUUUAGCAUCCAAUACGUAGUACCGGUCUUGACUGCAUCAAACCAGGAGAAGCUAGUUAAUAUUAGCUAGAUAGGCUAAUUGAGGCUGCAGUCAUGCGCGUUCUCAUCCUAACAACUCCAUUCAGAAUAUUAAGUAGCAGCCUACCUGUUGGCUCUUGGUCGUUGUAGCCUAUCUUUCUCCUUUAACUUUUAAUUCCAUCUUCCAUUGAGCAUCUCCUAACAUUUGCCACACACGGAGGCUCUGACUGUAGCCUAUAAACCUCUGUCACUUCCUGGCUGGUUGGUUGUUAUGGUGCUCAUCCCAGGGACAUACUUUCUGGGUGGAAUUUCCUUGCACAUAAAAAUGUAUGUAGGAUUCCCUAACUCCUAUUUUUUUUCAUUGCCUCACGAUCUAUCAUAUUGUGUGCAAUCCUUUUUGGAUAUUUUUUACACUGAUAGAAUGUAUGGAUUGACAUUAUCAUUGUGCCCACAGGUACUAUGCGGUACUUUACCCCAUGAUCUACCCCAUGAAGAUCACAGGCAACCGGGCGGUGGUGGCCAUCGCCUAUGUGUGGCUGCACUCCCUGGUGGGCUGCCUGCCACCCCUCUUCGGCUGGUCCUCCUUCGAGUUCGACCGCUUCAAGUGGACAUGCGUGGCGGCCUGGCACCGCACCCCUGCCUAUACCGCCUUCUGGGUCACCUGGUGCAGCCUGCCGCCGCUGCUCGCCAUGUUGGCCUGCUACGGCGUAAUCUUCCGCGUGGCACGCCUCAAGGCCCGCAAGGUGCAUUGUGGGACGACGGUGGUAGCGUCUUCAGAAGAAACGUCAUCGGGCGCUCAGAGGAACGACCAGCGUAAAAACUCAUCUACAUCCACGUCGUCCAACGGAAGCCGGCGGAGUUUAGUGUACGCCGGGAGCCAGUGCAAGGCCUUCGUCACCAUUAUGGUGGUGAUCGGGACCUUCCUGGUGACCUGGGGACCCUACGUGGCGGUGGUGUGUACGGAGGCCCUGUGGGGCCAGGGCAGCGUGUCCCAGGGCCUGGAGACCCUGGUGGCCUGGCUGUCCUUCUGCAGCGCCAUCUGCCACCCGCUCAUCUACGGCCUGUGGAACAAGACUGUGCGCAAGGAACUGCUGGGCAUGUGCUUCGGUGAUCGCUACUACCGCGUGGAGUCGUUCGCCACACGCCACCGCACGUCACGCCUCUUCAGUAUCUCCAACCGCAUCACAGGUGAGCAGGGGGAGGGUGGUGGUGCUGUUAGAUUGAGGCUGAGGAUGGAUGAGGUUUGAACUGGCUUUGUGUGCUGAAAACCAGCACAACCUUACUGGUGCAACAUAAAAUAUUCUGUUGUGUUCUUUGUUGUGUUGUAUGGCUGACCUUGCUGUUGUGUUAAGAGUUAAGUUGACUGUUAUGUUGUGUUGUAUUAUAUGCAGGGCUGAGACGGUCAUUCAAUUUUGGAUGACUGUAAUUGGCCAGCCAAAUGACUGCGGUCACUGCAAUAACCGUUCGAAUCAAUCAAUCAAAUUUUAUUUAUUAAGCCCUUUUUACAUCAACAGAUGUCACAAAGUGCUAUACAGAAACCCAGCCUAAAACCCCAAACAGCAAGCAAUGCAGAUGUAGAAGCACGGUGGCUAGGAAAUAUUCCCUAGAAAGGCAGAAACCUAGGAAGAAGCCUAGAGAGGAACCAGGCUCUGAGGGGGUGGCCAGUCCCCUUCUGGCUAUGCCGGGUGGAGAUUAUAACAGUACAUGGCCAUUAAGGCCAGAUUUUUCUCCAAGAUGUUCCUGCUGGUCAUCUAUGAACGUUUGGUCAAAUAAUAAUCACAGUGGUUGUAGAGGUUGCAAUAGGUCAGUACAUCAGCAGUAAAUGUCACUUGGCUUUUCAUAGCUGUGCAUUUAGAGGUUGAAAUAGAAGGUGCGGUAGAGAGAGAGAGUUGAAAACAGCAGGUCUGGGACAAGGUAGCACGUCCGGUGAACAGGUCAGGGUUCCAUAGCCGCAGGCAGAAGAGUGGAAACUGGAGCAGCAGCAUGACCAGGUGGACCGCAAGGAGUCAUCAGGCCAGGUAGUCCUGAGGCAUGGUCCUAGGGCUCAGGUCCUCCAGGAUGGGAGAAUUAGAGGGAGCAUACUUAAAUUCACACAGGACACCGGAUAAGACAGGAGAAUAACACCAGAUAUAACAGACUGACCCUAGCCCCCCGGCACAUAGACUAUUGCCAAUAGAUACUGGAGGCUGAGACUGGGGGGGGGGGUCGGGAGACACUGUGGCCCCGUCCGACGAUACCCCCGGACAGGGCCAACCAGGCAGGAUAUAACCCCACCCACUUUGCCAAAGCACAGCCCCCACACCACCAGAGGGAUAUCAACAGACCACUAAUCUACUACCCUGAGACAAGGCUGAGCAUAGCCCACGAAGAUCUCCUCCAUUGCACGAGCCCGAGGGAGCGACAAACCGGACAGGAAGAUCACGUCAGUGACUCAACCCACUCAAGUGAUGCACACCCUCCUAGGGACGGCAUGGAAAGCACCAGUAAGCCAGUGACUCAGCCUCCGUAAUAGGGUCAGAGGCAGAGAAUCCUAAUGGAGAGACGGGAACCGGCCAGGCAGAGACAACAAGGGCGGUUUGUCGCUCCAGUGCCUUUCCGUUCACCUUCGCACCCCUGGGCCAGACUACACUCAAUCAUAGGACCUACUGAAGAGAUGAGUCUUCAGUAAAGGCUUAAACGUUGAGACUGAGUCUGCGUCUCACAUGGAUAGGCAGACCAUUCCAUAAAAUGGAGCUCUGUAGGAGAAAGCCCUGCCUCCAGCUGUUUGCUUAGAAAUUCUAGGGACAAUAAGGAGGCCUGCGUCUUGUGACCAAGCGUACGUGUAGAUAUGUACGGCAGGACCAAAUCGGAGAGAUGGGUAGGAGCAAGCCCAUGUAAUGCUUUGUAGGUUAGCAGUAAAUGGCUUACUUUUUUUUUUAUAUGCACAUUUUCUCCUCCUCCACUCCUGACUGCAUGUGCUGCCAUAGAAUGAAUAGAACGGGCAUCCCCAUUCUAAUGGGUGGACAGGCUGCUAUUGCGAGUGUACCGAUAGGAGUAAAGCAGGAAGUGUACCCAUCAAUAUGUGCUGUGAUUUGUUGAUUCAACUUAACAUAUAUUGAAUUAACAUUCUACAUUACCAUGGAAAUGAUUGCAUCACAAUACCAGGCAGCCAUUGCGAGUGUAAACUAGCAGUAAAUUGCCAGGGUUAGAGGGUCCAUGUUGUUCUAUUCAUUCUAUUUCUAUGUGUGCUGCUGCGGGAAGGGGCAUUGCCUAGGCAACCGAAGACUCCUUGCUUGUUUCAUCAUGUUGUUAAGAGUCCAUGUUACUACAGAAAGGGACUCAUGAAUGGCCGGCCGGCCGUCCCGUCUUCUGUCAGCUGUUUGUUCCAAAAUUGGUUAUGACGGUUAUUUUAUUUUCAUCUGUCUUCAUCCAUAACUGUUGGUUAGGGACAGCCCUAGUUGUAUGGCAUUGGAUAUUUGACCCUGCUGUUGUUUCUUCCUGCAGACCUGGGCAUGUCCCCUCACCUGACGGCCAUGUUGGUGGGAGGAGGGCAGCUCCUGGCCCCCGGCAGCAGCACUGGAGACACUGGCUUCAGUUUCACUCAGGACUCAUGUGAGUGGUGCACACAGGAAGCUGGCAUAGACACAACACUGUUUCCGUAAGACGAUUCAAACAAGGCCUUUAUGUCCUAGUCGAAAUACAGUGUCUGAAUGUACUGAACAGUACAGAUAUAGCUGGGGCAUAUUCAUUGCAGAAACUGUUUACCAUUUUAAGAACCAAACGGAAGCAAACGGGGUCCCUCCCUGUUUCGUUUGCUUCCGUUGAAUAAACGUUUUGCAACAGAAUCAGGCGUAAUGAAUACGCCCCUGGUCUUCCAGUACCUUUUAAAACAUGUUGAAACUGCCCCCAUAGGGCUUUAUUGCUGAUAAAUACUGUUUAGCCUGGUUGUCUCUGUUGUAUCAUCAUCAUCCCUCAGCUGUGUUCUGAUCAGCCCAGAUUCCUGCUUUGUGUCUUGGCAGAGGGUAGAUGGUAGGGUGUGUACUGUAUUAUCAUGUGUAAUCAUCUGUCAUGUGUGUGAUGCUCCUCAUUGGUGCAGACUCAACAGGAGUCAUCACAGGCAUUCACACACUUUUUUUAACAUUUACAUUUUUUGACAUUUAGCAGACGCUCUUAUCGAGACGCUCUUAUUAUUUUCAUACUUUUUUUUUCUCAUACUGGUCCCCCGUGGGAAUCGAACCCACAACCCUGGCAUUGCAAGCGCCAUGCUCUACCAACUGAGUUACCUGAUUAAUACUAUUUUGAGUCUUUCGGAUACGUUUAGAGAAGACACACAUUGUAAGUACAAUAGGAUCAAUUUUCAAGUGUCUGUCUGCUAUGCAUCUUUCGGUUCCUUAAUCUCUACUGAAAUACUGCACUACAAAAUACUGAAGGUCAUGAAUCCCUCCCCUCCCCCUUCCCCAUGCAGGUACAGACGUGAUGCUGCUGGACAACUUCUCCACAGAUGGCUCCUCCCACAUUGGAAGCGUGGCCGUGAAGAGGCGGAGCUCGGUCACCUUUGAAGACGAGCAGCAGCAUUCCAAAGGUACCUGUCCGUUCUCACUUGGAGAUGAAAGUGCUAUGGGAGGGGGCUUCAGACAAAGCAGUAAGAUCUAGGGAAGACGGGAGGUUUCACACAGUCAAGUCAAUGUGUUUGAUUUGAGAAAAUGAUACACAUACUAUACUUAGCCUAUAGAUCACAUAUUGCAAACAAAUAAUCUAAACUCUAAACUCCACACAUUUUGGAUUUUCUGUGCGUCCUUGACAAUCGCUAAUCAAUAUCCAAAAACAGCACACAUUUCUUUCUGCGAACCUGCACAUCAUCUUCUCUUUGUGGCACCAAUGUGAGGGUUUAUGGCAGUAGUCUAGUGUGUGGUGCAGGAAUAAUGACAAGUGAACCUGGGGAACUUUGCGUUCGCAUUGUCCUAAAAAAGGGAACCUGACCGCGGAAUUCAAGCGAACCGAACUCAGACCACCUCUUGAGAUGGUCUCAGUUCGGUUUUGAGGGGUCUGAGUUCAUUUGGACUGUUAACACGGCACAAAAAAUUAAGCGAACCACACUGAGUUCACAAGAAUUGACUGAAGGCGACCAAGUGUGAAAACACCCUAAGUCACAAAUGACAGCUCCAAUAAGGCCCCUAUGUUGAACGAGAGGGCUUGUAGAAUCAUUAUUUUUUUCAAAAUUGUAGGUCGCUGGUAAGGGGUCCUGCAUGCUCUGGGCAUUACUGAAUGAAAUUAAUGAAAUGAGUCAAUAGAUUAGUUAUUUUGACUGAACGAGUUGAAAAUAUUUGAGCCAGUUAAAAUACUUAAACUUCCCAUCACUAGUACAUAUGUCCCACUUAGGCAUUUGAGUAAACAGACUUGUGUAAACAUGUGUUCAAUAUUUAUUGGAGCAAAUUCGCAUCAGGUCUUCAUCACCAUUCAUUGUAAUAGUGCUAUAACUAUUUAAUGCAAGGACAAUCCAAAAACUCAAUUCCUGUUCCUUUUCCUCUCAGCUGCAGAGAGCACCACCAUCCCUUCUACUGUCCAGGUCCAAGUAGAGAUACACAAAUCUCUGGACACCUUCGCCUCCUGCCUGGCCAGGGCCAUCGAAAGCGACGCUAAGCUCACCCUCUUUGGCGAGGACGCACCCCUAUCUGGGGUGUUGUUUGCUGCUGUGGCGAGGGGGGCACAGAGGCCCCGUUACCUGGACGGUCAGAGACUGAGGCUGGAGAGCAUCGAUGAAGGGAUCGUCAAAGACGACAGAGAAGACCAAGAGAGAGAUGAUGCAUAGAACAAAUAUCCCUUUUCUUCUUUUAGGUACUUAAGAGUUUAUGGUACAUUGGGCAUUGCAUACUUUAUAAUCUUUGAACGCAGUACGCACAGUGUGUAUAUUUAAAAUAGAAAUGUAUAACAAUGCAAGGCUUCUUCUGUCAAAUACAGUGCAUGCCUUGUUGACACUUUUGUAUUUGUCCUAUUCUCCUGUGAAUAGAUACUUCACAUCAACAGGUGGGCCCAAUGACCAAUUUUCAUAUAUUGAAAUCUUGAAAAGCAAUAGACACACUAAGGACAUUGUUGGACCAAGUGCGUGCCAUAUAUUGUACUAGAUAUACACCUCUGAUAAAUAGGAAGCCUUAACUACUGUAUCUUGACGGUUCAAUGUUUGUAUUCUCAUUGGAAAGCUUUUGUUUAUGCCUAUGAUAAUAUCAUAAGUGACUUAUUCCUCAUUUUCUUUCCAUGCUUAAAGACUGCCUCUUGCUGGUGUGAACAGAUAAGUCUGUUGCGUAGUAUUAGACGAGCGGUAUGUUCAGCAGGGAACAACAUUGUGGAACGUUCAUAUAGAAAUGUGUUAUGUAGAACAAACAUGCCUCAAUGACAUGUCAAGUAAGGGGUCAUGUCAGCUCUAUUCAUGACAUUUCU